GUGUCAGGUGAAUUUUGAAAUGCACUCACAGCAAACACUUUGGAUAAGGAUAUUUUGCCUGUUAUUAAAUUGUUUUUAUUUUGUUUUUUUUUGUUUGUGUUUAUUGUUUAGAUUGUUUUAGUUUGUUUGACAUUAAAAGUUGAACUUUUGACAAUUCUGAUGGAAGCUGAAACGCGAAAUCUAACAAAAAGUGGUUCAACUAAAUCCACCAAUGAUGACUUGACUAAAGCUCUCGAUCAACUUAUUUCCGGUGGGUGGCAUUCGUUAACUGGUGCUAAUGGUUAUUGGUCUCUUUUUCAGAAACUCGGAGACACAGACGAUGUCAAAGAUCAAAGUAGAAAAAGUAUUAAAACUGGCCUUAUAUUUGACGUUUCCAUGACGGAACACAAAUGCAUCUGGGAUGAAAAUUAUCCUGAGAGUCCAGAUAGAUUUAGCCGUGUUUUGGACAAAAUGAAACAGUUAGGCCUAGUUGAUCGAUGUAAACUAUUGCAACCUCGACCUGCUUCAAAAAAAGAAAUUCUUUACAUUCACACUGAAGAUCAUUUUGAAAAAAUGAAAAUUACUGAAACUAUUGAUGAUCCAGUCGAACUAGAGGAAUUGUCUUCGAAAUAUGAUGCAGUCUACUUUCACCCUAAAACUAAUGAACUAGCAUUACUCGCUGCUGGAUCUACUAUUGAGUUGAUUGACGCAGUUUUGGAGGAUGAGGUCAAAAAUGGAUUUGCUUUGAUCCGACCUCCUGGUCAUCAUGCAUUUGCUGAUAAGCCUUGUGGUUAUUGUUUUUACAAUAAUAUCGCGAUUGGAGCUGCUCAUGCUGUCAAACAACAUGGGUUACAACGAGUUCUCAUUGUGGAUUGGGAUAUUCACCAUGGCCAAGCGACACAAUUUUCAUUUGAAGAGCAAGAUGAAGUUAUGUAUUUUUCAAUACACAAAUAUCUAAAUGGAUCAUUCUGGCCUGAGCUAAUUGAAUCAAAUUACAACUCUAUCGGUCGAGGUCCUGGAAAAGGUUAUAAUGUCAAUGUUCCUUUAAAUGAAGAGGAAUUGACUGAUCAUGAUUAUCUUGCCAUUUUUCAUAACAUCUUGCUUCCUCUUGCUUAUGAGUACAACCCUCAGCUUAUACUAAUUUCUGCUGGAUAUGAUGCUGCAAUUGGUUGCCCAGAAGGAAACAUGCUACUGUCUCCAUCACUUUUCGCUCAUUUGACAAGUCAAUUAAUGACCCUUGCUCAAGGGAAAGUUUGUGUUGUUUUAGAGGGUGGCUAUUGCCUUUCGUCGCUAUCUGAUGGAGCUGCUCUUACUUUGCGUGCACUCCUGGGUGAUCCUUGUCCUCCUUUGCCGAAAUCAGAUGAACCUGUCAAACUCCACAAGUCAGCUGUUGAUUCGAUUCUCGACGUAAUAUGGGCUCAUAAACCUCAAUGGAAAUCACUGCGAAUUCAAGAGGAGUUUUCAGGUGCAGAAAUUAUUGACGAAAACAAUCCUUUGGUUCGGCGUUACUCUCCAGUUGUUGAAUAUCGUGGAAAAGCGUCUCUUGUUGAUCCCCCAAGUAAAUAUGACACAAGAGAUUGUUAUCCUGUCCGUGAUAAAGAAACAUUUGAAAAAUUUGAAUCCAUGAUUAGAUGUUUGUGGAACUCGACUGAUUUAACGGUGUCAUCCUCCAGAACUUGUAUCAAGUUUGAUUUUGAUAUGAAUUCUCAUCGUCGUCCUAAUUCAGACCAUCCAGAGUGCCCUGAUAGAAUUAAAAGCAUCUAUAAUGGUCUUAAAAACAAAGGAAUACUUGAUAAUUGUACAAUUAUUGAAGAAAAACGCUCUGCAGUUGAUGCUGAACUCAAAUUAGUCCAUUCGGAUGAAUACGUUUUAAAAAUAAGAUUGUUGGAACACAUGAAUCAAGAUCAGAUAGACAAGGUUGCACACACAUUUGAUUCUAUUUAUAUGUGUAAAAAUACCAACGAUGCUGCUCGCUUAUCUGUUGGUGCUUUACUCCAAGUUACCGAUCAAGUUUUAACUAAUAAAUCUCGAAAUGGCUUUGCAAUUAUUAGACCUCCAGGGCAUCAUGCAGCUAGAAAUGCAGCUUCUGGUUUCUGUAUUUUCAACAAUAUUGCUGUUGCUGUUGAAUAUGCAAUCAAAAAUUAUAAUCUUAAACGAGUACUUAUAGUUGAUUGGGAUGUCCAUCAUGGUGAUGGGACUCAAUCUAUUUUUGAAAAUCAUCCAAAUGUUCUUUUUAUUUCUCUUCAUCGAUAUGAUUUCGCUUCUUUUUAUCCAAACAGUAUUAAAUCUGGGUUCAAAACGCCUUCCAACAUUAUUAAUAUUCCAUGGAAUGGUGGACCGAUGUCAAAUUUUGACUACAUUUUAGCAUUUACCAACAUUAUUCUUCCUGUUGCGUAUGAAUAUAAUCCUGAAGUGGUUUUUGUGUCAGCUGGAUUCGAUGCAGCCAAAAAUGAUCCUCUCGGCGAGUAUAAAUUAGAUCCAGAAGUUUUUGGCCAUUUUACUCAUCUUCUUAGUGGGCUUGCUAGAGGGAAGCUCAUCCUUGCUCUUGAGGGUGGCUACAAUUUAAAUGCAAUAACUGAAUCAACUGCCAAUUGUGUUUCAGUUUUAUUAGGAGAACCUCCCAAACCGUUACAGAAGACGAUCAUUAAUGAGAGUGCAAGAACUACCAUUCGUGAUGUUAUGAGUUAUCAUUCCUCGAACUAUUCCUCUCUUGCUUUUUAUGCUCAAUUACCUCCAAACAAAUUAACUGAAUGAUACUGAUGUGCCAUACUUGUUUUCCAUCAUUUUUCGUUCAUUUAGUAUUAUCUUAAAUUUUAUUAUCUCGAAUUAUGAGAAGAACAGUUGCUAAAUACCAAAUUGCCAAAAAUAUCUCAAUUUCGUUGAUUAUUUAACAAACUAGUAGAAAGUUAACGCAUUUUCUAUUUUCAUCAUUAACUAAAAAUUUUUUAUUGACUCAGUAUGCUAAAAUCUAUGUAACUGGUCAAAAUUUAUUAGCACACUUUAAAUUUUGAGCCAUAUGCAUGAACUUCUGCUUAAAAGCAAAUAGGCAAAACUUGUUAUUCUGCUGUCAAUAAAAUUUGCUUUGUUUAAA